AUGACGAGAAGAUCUGCAAAUUCCGGUCCAUCUGCUCCAACAGAGAUGGCAGGCUUCGCUUACCCCGGACCUAUAUCUAUUAUGAAAACAACAGUGGGCCAAGGCAGUUACGAGAACAAAUCACAAGUAAGUUAUAGAGAUAAGCACACCGGGUCCUAUGGACGAGCAACGACAAUACAGAAGGUGUCCGCCGGAAAAUUCCAGUGGCAGAACGGAAGGAGUGGCACCAUGAAUGAAUAUAAGGAAACCUCUACUGUCAGAAUCGGAGACCAGAGUGGCUACACAGAGGUUUACAAUGAGCAGAGGGUUCUCAAUGUGAGUUUUAACAAUAACAAUGACAUCAUUAUCAAGAACGUCAUUGCCUACGACAAUCGCCAUGGUGGUAAGAAGGGUGGGUAUGGGUACGCGACUAUGGACAUUGUGAUCACAGUUAUGAUUAUGAUUAUUAGUUGUGUGUUUAUCGUAUGGUUUAUCGGCGUAAUGGAUAUCUUAGUGAUAAACUGA